GUGAACUGCGCAUGCGCUUAUGUAUGCGGACGACAUUGCGAGCUCCUGAUCGACAACUUUCAGUUCGCUUUCUUCCGUCAAACUUCGCGGAGUGGUAACAAGACAACACGACCACGGCAACUGUUUGCUGACUUUGUUGUGCGCUUUCGUUCCGACAUGCUGCAGUUUCUGGCAGGCUUCACGUUGGGGAACGUCGUGGGGAUGUACCUGGCUCAAAACUAUGAUGUACCCAACAUUGCCAAGAAAAUAGAAGCCUUCAAGAAGGACGUGGAGGCAAAAAAGAAGCCGCCAGACUAAUGUCACAUGAGAUAAGGAGGGGAAGAAAGAAACUGGAAAUAUUUUGUUUUUAUUUAAAUGAUACGUUUGCACACGUGAAAAAAAAAAAGGAUGACUCUUACUGACUAGAAAAUCUAACAGUGCCUUUGCCAGUAUUAUUGUCUCAGAUUUUGAUUGGAUUUGAAUUAAACUAGUGGUCCAAAAGGCAAUGUUGACCUUAUAAUUCACUGUUUGAACUAUGUUUUUACACAUUAUAUAAUGCACUUGCUGGAAUUUGCGAGAUUGAAAUUGUGUGGUAUCACUAAUAAUAAACCAAUGAUCUGGUCUCAAA